CAAACCAACUCUCUCUUCUCUCUUCUCACUUGAACAAUAAGAAAAAAAAAACAGAGCCUUUACACAUCUCAAAAUCGAACCAAUUUAAUCACCAAAUACUGAUUGGACUUUCUUGAAAACAUGGCUUCUUUCACGGCGACGGCUGCGGUUUCUCGGAGAUGGCUUGGUGGCAAUCAUACUCAGCCGCCAUUAUCGUCUUCUCAAAGCUCCGACUUGAGUUAUUGUAGCUCCUUACCUAUGACCAGUCGUGUCACACGAAAGCUCAAUGUUUCAUCUGCGCUUCACACUCCUCCAGCUCUUCAUUUCCCUAAGCAAUCAUCAAACUCUCCCGCCAUUGUUGUUAACCCCAAAGCCAAGGAAUCCGACACUAAACAGAUGAAUUUGUUCCAGAGAGCGGCGGCGGCAGCUUUGGACGCGGCGGAGGGUUUCCUUGUGAGCCACGAGAGGCUUCAUCCUCUUCCUAAAACGUCUGAUCCUAGUGUUCAGAUCGCCGGAAAUUUUGCUCCGGUGAAUGAACAGCCCGUCCGGCGUAAUCUUCCGGUGGUCGGAAAAAUACCUGAUUCCAUCAAAGGAGUGUAUGUGCGCAACGGAGCUAACCCACUUCACGAGCCGGUGACAGGUCACCACUUCUUCGACGGAGACGGUAUGGUUCACGCCGUCAAAUUCGAGGACGGUUCAGCUAGCUACGCUUGCCGGUUUACUCAGACUAACCGGUUUGUUCAGGAACGUGAAUUGGGUCGACCGGUUUUCCCCAAAGCUAUCGGUGAGCUUCACGGCCACACCGGUAUUGCCCGACUCAUGCUAUUCUACGCCAGAGCUGCAGCCGGUAUAGUUGACCCGGCACACGGAACCGGUGUAGCCAACGCCGGUUUGGUCUAUUUCAACGGCCGGUUAUUGGCGAUGUCGGAGGACGAUUUGCCUUACCAAGUUCGGAUCACUCCCAGUGGAGAUUUAAAAACCGUUGGUCGGUUCGAUUUUGACGGACAAUUGGAAUCCACAAUGAUUGCCCACCCGAAAGUCGACCCGGAAUCCGGUGAACUCUUCGCUUUAAGCUACGACGUCGUUUCAAAGCCUUACCUGAAAUACUUCAGAUUCUCGCCGGACGGAACUAAAUCACCGGACGUCGAGAUUCAGCUUGAUCAGCCAACGAUGAUGCACGAUUUCGCGAUCACAGAGAACUUCGUCGUGAUACCGGACCAGCAAGUCGUUUUCAAGCUGCCGGAGAUGAUCCGCGGUGGCUCUCCGGUGGUUUACGACAAGAACAAGGUCUCAAGAUUCGGAAUUUUAGACAAAUACGCCGAAGAUUCAUCGAAUAUCAAGUGGAUUGAUGCGCCUGAUUGCUUCUGCUUCCAUCUCUGGAACGCUUGGGAAGAGCCAGAAACAGAGGAAGUCGUCGUGAUCGGGUCGUGUAUGACUCCACCAGACUCAAUUUUCAACGAGUCUGACGAGAAUCUCAAGAGUGUCCUCUCUGAAAUCCGCCUGAAUCUCAAAACCGGUGAAUCAACUCGCCGUCCGAUCAUCUCCGACGAAGAUCAACAAGUCAACCUCGAAGCAGGGAUGGUCAACAGAAACAUGCUCGGCCGUAAAACCAAAUUCGCUUACUUGGCUUUAGCAGAGCCGUGGCCUAAAGUCUCAGGAUUCGCUAAAGUUGAUCUCACUACCGGAGAAGUCAAGAAACAUCUCUACGGCGAUAACCGUUACGGAGGAGAGCCUCUGUUUCUCCCCGGAGAAGGAGGAGAAGAAGACGAAGGACACAUCCUCUGUUUCGUUCACGACGAGAAGACAUGGAAAUCGGAGUUACAAAUAGUUAACGCCGUUAGCUUGGAGGUUGAAGCAACGGUUAAACUUCCGUCAAGGGUUCCGUACGGAUUUCACGGUACAUUCAUCGGAGCAGAUGAUUUGGCUAAGCAGGUCGUGUGAGUUCUUAUGUGUAUAUACACACAAAAUACGUAUACGUGAUGAAGAAGCUUCUAGAAGAAAUGAGAGAGCGAGAUAUACCAGUGGGAUGCUCUGCAUAUACGUCCCCGGAAUCUGCUCCUCUGUUUUUUUUUUUGUUUGCUCUGUUUCUUUGAUGGUUGUUUCUUUUGGGGUGCGGUUUGCUAGUUCCCUUUUUUUUUGGGGUCAAUCUAGAAAUCUGAAAGAUUUUGAGGGACCAGUUUGUAGCUUUUGGGCUGUAGGGUAGCCUAGCCGUUUCGAGCUCAGCUGGUUUCUGUUAUUCUUUCACUUAUGUUCAUCGUAAUGAGAAGUAUAUAAAUAUUAAACAAAAUG